GAGAACGACUGACGUCACCACUUCCACAACAACAAGAAGCUGAAAAACAAGGAAGUGAAUGAUCGUGAAGCCGUAACCUGUAAUAAGGCCGUGACAAGAUACGCAGAGCUCCUUUUAAUCUGAAAUUCCUCAGUCUCCGCAUCAGUCAAGAACAAUGAACAACAAAGGUUCAUAUCCUCAGCAGGCUGUGUAUCCUCAGCAGAGCUCUGCACCUGUAUACCCUCCUGCUAUGCAAAUGUCUCCUCAGGCACCUCCUUACACAGACACACCACCUGCAUAUUCUGAGAUUUACCAGCCCAGAUAUAUGCUUCCACAUCAGGUGCCCAGUCAGGUGGCACAGAUGUCCUCUCACUACCCUGGUGCCCAGAUGUUUAUGCCCAUGCAGCCACAUAUGCAGGUUGGGCAAAUGGGCCAGAAUGUCCCUAUGGCUUACUACCCCAUGGGAGCUGUGUACCCCCCUGGUUCAACAGUGAUGGUAGAUGGUGGCUUUGAUGCUGGCGCACGCUUCACAGCGAGCAGCGGUGUUUCCAUUCCACCCCCACCUCCUGGACAUCCCCCCAAUGCAGCUCAGCUGGCUGCCAUGCAGGGGGCCAAUGUUGUAAUGGCACAGCGCAAGAAUAACUUCUUCCUGGGUGGAUCCAGUGGAGGUUAUACCAUCUGGUAACGACAACUCCUCAACUCCUCCUUCAUGCCUAAACCGUGUCCCCGCCCCAAAUGAUGCCCCAGUUCUUCCCCCAUCCCAUACGCCUCCCUCUUCAGGCUGCUUGGCCAUGCCACAAUACUGAUAUCACCUAACGGAAUGUAAUAUUUUAGCGCCCUUGUAAAAGGUACAGUACUCCACUUCUGACCUAGAGAUCAAAUGAUGAAUGCCACUGCCUGGAGAGGACAAAUGCUAAUUUUUAAUGUUGUAGAAUUCAUUCCAUAAUUCUUGAAUGGGUCUAACCUCUUUUGGUCAUUCCAGAUUGGACCUCUUUCAGGCAUCUGUAUUUGUUCAAGAGACCUGGUCUCCUUUUGAUCGAAUGGAUCACAAAAUACAUUGAGAUGUUCUUGUAUACCUGUAAAAGCAACGUAAAUUAAAUAUUGAAAUAUCAGACCCGCGUUAUAUAGUCUAGCUGCUUUAUGGUGAAAGUGAAAUGCAGUUACAAAGUUGCAGUUGAAGCGCAAAAAAAAUUAAAUCCAUUUGUCUUUUUUGAAAACUUUUAGUGUAGUUAAAUUAAUAGAUGUGUAAUAGUUUCAUGUAAAUACAAGUAUGAUGAUCAUGAGAAAUUACAUCUCAACUAUACAAAAAAAAAAAAAGAAUAAGCAUCUUGGAUGCUUUUAGCUAGAAUUGUCUCGUCCUUUGCACAGUAUCCAAAUUAUCACAGCAAAUUUGUUUUAUAGUCUGACAGAUUGUUACAUUUAAAUCACUUGUAAAUUAAAUAAACUAAACUGAAGCAAAUAAUUUAAGAAAAGAUUUCAUGCAAUAUCCAAAGUGGUUUACUGUACCUUGUUGGGCAAUUUGUAGAUGAACAUAGUGAAGUGCCAAAGAGCACUGGGUAUAGCCCUAAUUUAAAGCAAAUUAACUUCAGUAAACUUAAAGGAAAGAACUUUAAAGUAAAUCCAAAUAGUAAGUUUAAUGGGAAGGGGUGGUUGGUGUAACAUUUUUAGAAUUUUUUGUUCUCCUGUUUCUAUUCCAGUCGGAUACCCAGAGUUUAUACACUAAAUGUUUUAUUGUACAGACUUCAAGAACUACCCUCCACUGUUUUCUCUGUCUUUUUACACAGUAUAAUUUAGUCAUAAAUCCAAUUUUUUAAGUAUUUAUUCACCGUAGAAAAUUGUCACCUUUGUGAUAGUAUUAGUUUAUUGUCGUUUUAAAAAGUUGAGGAGACUUUAAUAAAUAUUUCAGUGUUUCUUUUUUCCCUUCAUUACUUUCCACAUUUACACAACUAGUUAGGCUAAUCAUUUAUUUUGUAUAACCAAUGAGCUGGUUGUACCAAACAUCUGGUCUACAAUGCACUUAUGUUUGGUUAUUACUUGAAAUUAAAAAAUGUCACAAUUUAAAAGCAGACAUAUCUUCUUCGACUAAGCAGGUAUGAGAUGGUUUGGACCAAGACCUUCAGUUUGACAUGACGGCAAUUGUUAGUUAAUGUGUUAAUGUCACUUUAUGUGGAUUAAUCACAUCUUUAAACUGAUGCAUCAUUUUGCAUCUUUGCUGUGUAAACAUGUGAUUACUUGUUUAUUAGCAAUGCACUGAAACGCUAAUCUGAGCGGUUACAGAUGAGGGGCUACUCUUUAUUUUUUAAAUCAGUUUUCAUGACUUUAAAAACACUUUCUGGACCCUUUUAGAAAAUCCAUCAAGUCUAGUCCAAUUGAGAGUAAAAUAUGUUGUGUUGUUUGGUAGCCUUAAAGUGUGCGCAAACUUGCUAUGAGGCUAUUUCAUUGUCCACAUAAUUGUUCAUUUCCAACACGUUUUUGUGCUGCUAAUUAAACGUUAGAAUCUUUGCAUAAUACGUUAUCUUGCAAUCUUAAAUAUGGUAUUUGAAACUAGCUAAGUUAGUAUGGAUACAAUAAACGUAUAUUUGUCGAUGUUCUUAAUUUUGGUGUCUAGUAGUGUCGAUGUGUCACUGGGUAUCCGACACACCAUAUCAAGUUUUAACAGCUGUGGCCACCAGAAAACAAAUGCUGCUGCUGUCAACCGACAUUUAGUUAUUUCUGUGUGCGGUCGAAGAGAGAGAGCAGCUGUCUGGAAACGUGCUUCAUUCAUCGGAUGAACUCAGCUCAUAAACAAAAGCUACUAUACCAGACAUGGCCGACGUGUCACUUUAAAUGGCUCGAUGUUCAUUUAUUCUCACUCACGCUGUCGUUUCAUACAGCUCCGCUGGGGAAGAGGCCACAGCUAUCAAAACUUUUAAACAAAUAUAUGAUUCAGUCAAAAGGUUUUUCUUUCUUUGCUCCAUCUGUUUGUAAAGCAGCAUAAUGGUGGCUUUCUCCCAGCAAUAUAAAGUACAGCUGACCGGUAGAUGCUAUGCCAACCACAGCCAGCAAAUGGAUUACUCUGUUGAAGGAUUAUGGACAUUUAUAGUUCAGGGAUUCUCAUUACAAUACUUUGUAAAAAAAAAAUGCAAGUACUAAAGUGAUGUGACAGACUUUGGUACACAUUCUAUCUUUUAAGAUUACUAAAGGAGAUGAGUGUCAAAAAGAUGGAAUCCUUAAAAAGGUCUUAGGUGCACUUAACUUUUUUAUACUAAACUUAAAAUUUAAAAUGUAAGUUUAGAAUAAAGGUUAUUUUGGAAAUUUGAAA